CUUACAGACCAGAUACGAGGCUCCAGUUUGGGAAGAACGGCUCCUUAAAACACAUUGGGAAACAUUGAGGACUCACUUUUCCUGACUUUGUGCUUUAGUGGUAGUUUUCUCCCUCUACUGUGGCACUACCUGUGAACAGAAAAGUUGAACUUAUUUUGGGGGGAACAUGCAGCCAGUGAAGGAAUGCAUUGUUCAGAUCUGUGUUGGAUCAGGCUGGACCGCUAGUUCUGCUCGUGUCAUCGUGGAUCCAGACUCUACUGAAGUGUAACAAAGAGCCUGUGCUGUACACACGGGAAAGCUCAGCCAUUCCUGCUGUAUUUGCAUUUUGAGCCGUCCUGCGGUCAUGCUGCUUCACAGCUGAAGCACAUCCAGUCCUGUUUUUUGUCUCUCCGUCCUCUAUCACCUCCCUCGGACCUCUUUCAUCAUUUUGGAGCAGGACCCGGGACCAAAAGAGGGAAAAAAAAGAGAUGUUCAGCAAGAAGGUUUUGCUGAAAGCAUGAAGAGCACAACUGGAGCCGACUUUGUUUGCUCUGCCCUGGUUCUGAAAGCGCUGUGAACCCGAGCAGAAGGUGCCGCCGGCCCGGCCAUGGACUGCACGGCGGCUAUUCUGAAAGCGUGCGCCCGCUCCAGGUCCUUGGGCUGCCGGCUCAGGCGGCCCCCCGUCUGCCACCCCUGGAUCCCAGCGAGCAGCUGCUGCUGCGACGGGGGGGCGGUGGCGGCGGGGGUCGUCGGCCACGCGUCGUCUCUCCUACGGGGGUUCCUGCUCCGCCUGUGCUGCUGCAGCUCCCGCUGCGAGGAGAGCUCGGAGCUGUGCCGGGAAUGGGGGGAUCACCCGCUGGAAGGAGUGGAGGGAGAAGAGCCAGGAGUGGAGGAAGAUGAGGGCGAGGAGCUGGGACCGCCCCCUUCAGUGGACGAGGCGGCUGACGCUUUGAUGACCAGGCUGGGCUUCCUGCUGGGGGACAAGGUGGUGGGGGGGGAGUCGGGCUCUCCUUACCCCGGCGCUGAUGAUGGACAGAGGAUCUCUCCUUCGUCCAGCCUGGCGAGCAGCGACACCUCCCCCUGCUCCACGCUGCAGCCGCCUGCAGGGGGGGAGGGCAGCAAUAACAGCAAGCAUGUCUCCUCCACCCACGCCUCCGUCACCUCCCCCAGCUCCACGCUGGAGAGCAGGGACAGCGGCAUCAUAGCCACCCUGACGAGCUACUCGGCUGACUCGGCUGCAGAGCGGGACGACGGCUCCAGGUUCCCUGCUGACGGUUACCAUAGCAACAGCCUCCACCUCUGGCAGCAGGGCCGGCCGGUGGUGGCCUCCACCUCGUCUUCCUGCGUCGUGACAGGAAGUGGCACAAACGACAGCCUGCUCUGUCGGGCAGAGGACAACAUGUCCGCCUCCACCUACAGCCUCAACAAACUCCACCCAGACAGAGGCCCCGGCUCCACCCCAGACAGAGGCUCCACCCACUCCAUCACUCUCAACCUCAUCCCCCGCCCUAACUCUGUCGCUGCGACCAGUUCUGCCCAUCUGGAAGAUCUGGCUUAUCUAGACGAGCAGCAGAGGUGUUUCCCUUCCAGGACGCGCCUCCGGACGCCCAGACAGAACUCUGUCCGUCAGAGCAGACAGAACCCCAGAGUCUGCUUCACUCCCUCUCUCAACCUGAAGCCGCUCCAGUUUGAAGUCCCCGGCGUGUCGUCUGAUUGGCUGUUCACCGGGAGGGAGUGGCUCUUCCAGGAAGUGGACGGCUGUCUCCGGAGGGACGACCCGCUGACCAGCCGGGGCGUGGUCAUCGUCGGCAACAUGGGCUUUGGAAAAACAGCCAUCGUAGCCCGCCUGGUCGCACUCAGUUGCCAUGGAAACCGCAUGUGGCCGAGCACUCCGGGCAACCAGACCACGCCUAGAUACGUGGAGCCAGUUCCUCUCCAUCAUGACUCCCUGGGAAGAGCAGGAGGAGGAGGAGGUGAAGAAGGAGGUGGAGGAAGCUGUCCGCCCACCCCAGAGAUGAGGAGGAGGCAGGAGGAGGCGCUGAGGAGGCUCGCUGGACAGGUGGUGUCGUUCCACUUCUGCCAGGCCGACAACUGCCACACCUGCCUGGUGCCGGAGUUCGUCCACAGCCUGGCGGCCAUGCUGAGCUCCGCGCCGCAGCUGGCCGCCUACCGGGAGCUGCUGCACGAGUCCCCGCAGCUGCAGAGCACGCUCAGUUUGCGCUCCUGCAUCCAGGACCCCAGUACAGCCCUGCAGAGGGGAAUCCUGGACCCCCUGGACGCUCUGCACAGAGAGAGGAAGUUUCACGUGGAGGCGGCCGGUCUGAUUGUACUGAUCGAUGGAUUAAACGAGGCAGAGUUCCACCGGCCGGACUACGGACACACUCUGACCUCCUUCUUGUCCAGAAACAUCCUGAAGUUUCCCUCGUGGUUGAAGGUGAUCUGCACGGUCAGGACCGGCCAGCAGGACAUCACUCGGUCUCUUCCUUUCCACCGGAUCUCUCUGGACGGGAUGGAGGAGAACGACGCCAUCGACCAGGACCUGCAGAGUUACCUGAUGCAACGCAUUCACAGCAACGCCGAGAUCCAGAGCAACGUGUCGCUGAGCAACGGUCGCCUUGACAACACGGCGCUGGCGAAGCUGAGCAGCCACCUGAAGAGCCUGAGCAGAGGCUCCUACCUGUACCUGAAGCUCACGCUGGACCUGAUCCAGCGGGGGUUCCUGGUCCUGAAGAGCUCCAGCUUCAAGGUGGUUCCUGUGAGCUUGGCAGAGGUUUACCUGCUCCAGCUCAACAUGCGCUUUCCGACCCAGUCAUCGUUCCAGAGAGUUCUGCCUCUGCUCAACGUUACCGUGGCCUCGCUGCACCCCCUCACCGAGCAGCAGCUGUUCGAGGUGGUGAACGCCGGUUCUCUGAGCGGCGAGGCCAUGCAGUGGGGGGAGUUCUCCCAGCGCCUGGAGCAGCUGGCCCCGUUCCUGCUGCGGGAGAGCGACGGCAGCAGGAUGCUGAGCCACCCUUCCUUCAGGGAGUGGCUGAUGUGGAGGGAGGACGGGCAGGACGACCGCUUCCUCUGUGACCCCAGGAGCGGCCACACUCUCCUGGCCUUCUGGCUGUGCCGGCAGGAAGGGAAGCUGACCCGGCAGCAGACGCUGGAGCUGGGACAUCACAUCCUCAAAGCUCACAUCUACAAGGGCCUGAGUAAAAAGCUUGGGGUUUCCUCCUCAGUUCUUCAGGGGCUGUGGUUGUCCUACAGCACAUCCAGCCUCAGCCCUGUCCUGUCAUCACUGCGGAACCUCUACACUCCCAACAUCAAGGUGAGCAGACUGCUGAUCCUGGGCGGGGCAGACGUGGACCACCACAGUGAUGUCCUCAGCCACGCCCCCCUGCUGUGUGUCCACGCCCACCUGGGCCACGCCGACGCCGUGCUGCUGCUGCUGGACCACGGAGCCAAGGUGGACGCUCAGUCCCACGACGGCUGGACCGCGCUGGGAUUCGCUGCAGCGGCCGGUCACCUGGACAUCGUCUCCAUGCUGAGUCAGCACAGAGCCAAGGUGGGUCACGUGGACGGAUCCGGGCGGUCCGUGCUGGUGCUGGCAGCCCAGUGGGGUCACCUGGAGGUGCUGCGCUUCCUGCUGAAGUGCUCGGACUGGAGCUGCACUUCCUGCUGCAGCCAGAGGGGGGAGAGCAGGAGCCAGGCUGUUCAGCAGGCUCUGAUCGCAGCCGCCAGCAUGGGCCACGCCGAGAUGGUGUCGUACCUGCUGGACCUGCCAGAGGAAGACGAGGAGGAGGAGCAGAGACCUGAGAUCAACAUCCCUGACAGUCUGUGGGGGGAGACAGCUCUGACGGCCGCUGCUGGCCGGGGCCGUCUGUCUGUCUGCAGGCUGCUGUUGGAUCAGGGAGCUGCUCCGGAGCAGAGCAACGGUCACGCCAUCGCUCCGCUCUUCUGUGCCGUGAAACAAGGACACUGGCAGGUGGUGGAGCUGCUGCUGAACCACGGGGUGGACGUGAACAGAGCGGACCCGCAGGGCCGGGCGGCUCUGAUGACGGCAGCCUCCGAGGGACAUGUGACCACGGCCCAGCUGCUGCUGGAUCACGGAGCCCUGCUCAACCAGACCGACAGGGAGGGCCUAACAGCGCUGAGCUGGGCGUGUCUGAAGGGGCAGCUGGAGUUGGUCAAACAGCUGGUGGAGAGAGGCGCAGCUACGACCCACGCCGACCGCAGCGGCCGGACGCCCCUGGACCUGGCCGCCUUCUGCGGUGACCCAGAAGUGGUGCAGUACCUGGUGGACCACGGCGCGUCCGUGGAGCAUGUGGACUGUAGCGGGAUGCGUCCGCUGGACCGAGCAGUCGGCUGUAGGAACACGUCAGCCGUCAUCGCCCUCCUCAGAAAAGGAGCCAAAAUAGGACCAGCCACCUGGGCCAUGGCAACGUCUAAACCAGAUAUCUUGAUGGUUCUGCUCAGUAAGAUGAUCCAGGAAGGAGACAGUCUGUACAAGCAAGGUAAGGUGAGGGAAGCUGCUCACUCCUAUCAGUCAGCGCUGCACAAGUUCCCCGGAGACGAGCUGAAGACCUUCAAGCAGCUGAGAGUGUGCGUGCUGCUCAACCUGUCGCGCUGCCGCCGCAAGAUGAACGACUUCACCCUUGCAGAGGAGUUCGCCUCUAAAGCUCUGGAGCUGAAGGCCAAAUCAUACGAAGCCUUUUACGCCCGAGCUCGCGCCAAGCGGAGCUGCAGACAGUUCCACGCUGCGUUGGAGGACCUGAUUGAGGCCAGCCGCCUGUGCCCGUCCAACCGGGAGAUCCAGCGGCUGCUGUCCAGAGUCAAGGAAGAGUGUCGCCAGGCGGCACAGCUGCCGGAGGCUCCUCCUUCAUCUCACCAUGGUUGUCAGCAGAAUGUGGUGGUCUCCAUGAACAAGGCCAGGGUCAAGGACUCCACGUGUCUGCAGGACAGAGAGGAGGAGGACGAGGGAGAGGAGAGAGACACUCUUCACCCUACACAUGCGCUGCAGACUCUGGACACCCGCUACCAUGCUGGGGUACCAGCACCCUCUCGCCUCUCUCCCACUCACAUGCUCCAUCACCUGCCCAGCCCCACCCACUCUGGAGGCCUGUCCUCCCCCGGUCACUCUGCACCGCCCCCGACCUCUUCCUCCUAUCCCCACUUCAGCCCUCCUCCCUCCCCGGUGCAGCAUCAGCAGCGGCCCGGCCCCAUGCUGGACUUGGGCCUGCCUGGACUCCACCACCACCCCGUGUCAGCCCUCCACCUCUCAGACCAGAGUCAGGGGGGGCAACAGAACCACCCGGCAUCCGGUCAGAGGUCCAUGCCGAAGCAGAACCCUGGCCAGAGCCCUGGCCACAGCCAGUGGCUCCAACAGCUCAAAGUGCAAGGCAUCAGGACCAGUCAGCCCACUCCUCCAGCUCCAUCCAGCCUGGUCUUUGGAAGUCCUGCCUACUCCCAGUUGGCCCACCUCCCCCGGGAGCUGGCGGAGCUGGGGGAGAGCUUCGGCACCAGCCCCCUGGACGUCAGGCCGAGCCCCCAGGAGGAUGUGGAUGCUGACCUCAUCGGCCAGCUGAGAGCCACAUCUGGCUACACGAGAGGCUCCGAAGCAGAGAGGGUUGGGGUAAAUCGCUUUGGCCAUUCUCUGCCGUUCGGCCGCAACCAGUCAAAAGCAGCCUACUAUCCGAUGGAAGUGACGGAGGCGGCGAUGGGGCCUCCGGAUACGCCUCAGUCAACCGGCAGCUAUCAGUACCAGCACCAGGGGGGGCUCCGUCGCCCACUCAGUGCCCACCCGGCAUCCUCCUUCGCCCCGCCGCCUCGGCCCCUCAUCCACUCUCAGAGCGUCAGCGCCCGCUUCUCCUCCAGCAGCGGCAGCCUGGCCACCGGCCCGCCCAACGUCGGUCCGGGCUUCAGGACCUCGGCCUCCGCACAGCACAUGGACCCGCCUCCACACCCCAUGGGGGCGGGUGUCACGGGUUACCAUGACGACCUUUUUCUGAUCUCCUCUCCCCAGUCGGAGAUGUGCAUGGCAGGAGGCGGGACCUAUCCCGGAGAGGCGGGGCGCUCGUCUAGGAACACUCCAUUCAUGGGUAUUAUCGACAAGACGGGAAGGGUGCCCCCGCAGUAUCAGCAGCAGGGUCCCCCCGGGUCCCCGUCCUGCCUCGUCCCCUCCCGGUCCUGGGCCGUGUCUUCGGUGGACACGGUCGUCACUUCUCCCAGCAGGAACCCCGUCAGUCACGGGAGCUUUCCUCCGCACCAGCCGCCGUCCAUCGCCUACUUCAACCGCAGCAACAACAACGCCCACAACAACGGCCACCUCCUCCACGACAACCACCCCGACCCCUACGACGGGGCUCUGGACAUAGACUUGGCACAGGUCGCUGGUGAAAAUCCCUCCUACUUGGACAUGAAGGCGGGCCGGACGUUGCCGGUGGGCCACAGCUUCUCCGACCGGCCGGCCGAGAGAAGGACAGGUCCCACCUCCCCCGUCAAACCAAAAAGACCCUUUGUAGAGUCUAAUGUGUAGGAAGACGACUGGAACAAAUGACUUUCUGGGGCUGUAGAUUAAUAAUGCUUUGCUCUGCUUUAAAACAAGGUUCUUCUUUCCUUCAGAAAAGAAAGAAGCACAGAGAGCUCCUGCGGCAGCGCCGGCCGGCUCACACGCGGUGGCGUAUUCAUCUGCACAUGUGCAGUAACACGUGCUCGGUCUGGGACGUGAAUAGCUGUUGGAAAACAGAUGAAUUUGAGAGAACACGUGGUCAUUUGCUGCUUUGAAAUGCUGCCAGGUUGUCUUUUGAAGAAGUAGAGUUAAUGACUCUUUUAUGAAGCUGACAGAGUUGAUGUUAAGGAACUAUGGGAACCAUGGGAACCAUGGGAACCAUGGGAACCAUGGGAACCAUGGGAACCAUGGGAACCAUGGGAACCAUGGGAACCAUGGGAACCAUGGGAACGUUGCGUUCAAGGUUGGCUGUUCUCAGGCACAGAAGAAGCUUCAGGAACGAGAGCAGUGCACGAAACUCUUCUUUUGGCAACACAAAGCACAAUGGGGGAACAAACACUUGCUUGUGUGACCUGCUGAUCUCCGACUCUUGUGUUUCAAGCUGCAUCCUGGAGUCCAGAUGAAGACAUCAGGGAGACAGAAGACAGAACAGAACCCUGAACCUUUGCCUGCUGCCAAGCCUUUCAUCAGGUUUCUCUGUGGACACAGUGACUUGAAGUUAAGAGAUGCGCCAGCGCCAGCGCCGCCGCUGACGCGUCAGUCGCUGGCGCGUCAGUCGCUGGCGCGUCAGUUGUUGACGCGUCAGUCGCUGACCCAGACCACAAGCCAUAGUUCUAGAAACCAGGACCAUGCUGGCAUCCAAUGAGCGGUGACUCCUGGCGCAGAAGACGCGAGAAAUGUGUGAUAUUUAAGUUAUGUCUGUAUUUAACUGUACAAAUAUAGUUUUGUCUUAGAACAGAAUAUCCUUUUUUUUGCCUUUGUGUGUUUAUUCUGGAGGAGUUCACUCAGGGCCGAGACUCGAGAAGACCAGAGACACGAGAGGAC